UUGGUUACUUGUUGUCGUAGAUUACCAUCCGUUGGAGAAUGUGCCAUUGCCGGACAACAGACAGCGACCCUAUGGAUCGCCGACGGUCGCUUGGAAUCCGUGGAACGAUUUGCGCGAAAGGGACGACAUUGCCAAACUCAAACUGCUCUUUCCGUUUCAACCAAUGCCAGUGGAUUGGAUGAAAAGCAUAAUCCAGAGUUACAACGCGGCAGUUACUUACAUUGACGAGUUGAUUGGUGAACUGCUGCUGACACUUGAAAACGAAGGAUUAGAUAAUAAUACAAUUGUCGCACUGAUUGGAGAUCAUGGUGAGUUGUCACUGCUUGGUUCGGAAGCCACCCAAAUCCAUUCGUUUCUUAAUAUGUUUUGUCUAUUACAGUGAAGCACGCUGCACACGGGGACAAUAGUAGCGUCC